GGGGUCUUCACGCGGGACGGGGAGGGUCCGACCCGAAGGGAGGGCGACCCCCACGUCGUCCGCCGCCACACCGCAUUCUGGCUCAAGCCGUGGGUGCCAACGCGCGGGUUCAAGGCAAAGGGCCACUGCUUCGGCCGAGGGCAGCUGGGAGUGCAGGUGGCGGGCGAAAGGGUCCAUGCAGAGGGCCCAGGCCGCGCCCAUGAGGGGGCGCCCCUGGGCCAAACCCGCGAGAAACCAUGAGGAGCGGGCGGCGGUCUGCUCCGCAGCGCGAGUGGGCGAGAGCCCCCGUAUAUAAUGCACGGACUACAUUUAGGAAGCCCGUCGGGACGCGAUGGCGCUCGAGCGCGCGCUCACGGAAAGGGUUGGGGGAGGGAGGAGGGAGGGAGGGGGGAGGAGGGAGGACCCCGAGGCACGGCAAGGCUGGCCCGGUCUCGAGCCGCGCGCGGAGCGCCCGCCGGGAGAGCCCGCGAGCGGCGCCGCCCCGCGCCGGCGGCGCGGGCAGGGGCCCGCCGCAGCAGAAGCCGUCUCCGCGGGCGGUGGGAGCCGCACGGGGCCGCGCGAGGAUGCCGUGGCGAACCGGAUGGAACAGCCGUGCAAAUCUCCCAGAGAUGCGACGCUCCAGCGAAAAACAUAGGGCGGGCGGCUCGGGGCCGUCUUCGGCCUACGGGGGUCCUCGCCGGGCCUCGGGGCCGUCAAGAACACGUCUCGGGACGAAGAGCCGAUCCACGGGGAAGCUGUCCAGAGCUCUGGGGCCGACGCAUCGACACAGUUGGAGCGGCCGGAUGUCUGGGUCGAGCAAGGGCGCAAGCGCAAACAACCUGAGACCACUGCAGGUAUGCAGAGAUGUACGGAAUAACCGGGGGAUGACUGUUGGGAGGCUGGCCUAGAAAGAGAGAGAGAGAGAGAGAGAUAGAGAAACGGACAAAGAGAGAGGGAGAGUGAAACGAUGGCGAACACAAGCCAGUGUCGGCUGCGCAACGGUAGCGUGUCGACUGCAGUGUCAGUUGCCGUAGGAGACUCGGCUGACUUGUCGACCUCCGUUUCGUCUGCAGUGUCGCAUCAAUCGGCAGUAUCCUCAUCUAUCCCUUCCUCCCCACACCUCAAUUGUUGCUGAGGGCGAUGAGCACAUCGUAACCCAGUAUCUCCCCAUGCCGGUGAGGACGUGAGGUCAGGGAAUCGCGACACGAUAGCACGGUCCGAAUCUGGGCGAUCCCCAAGGCUGGAGCUCGAACUAGACCGAGACGGUCUUGCCACCGCGCUCGACGACCAAGUCAAGUUCCAAAGACCCCCUGAACUCGCGCAUCAUCUGCGAGCUGUCCGAGUGGGCGCCGUUGACGCUCACGGUGCGAUCCCCGACAGUUAUGCUCUGCGGCUCCCCCGCCGUCCUGCGAUUCCUCUCCUCGAGGGUCCCCUCGCCCUUCGACGCCGUCACCUCCAGCACCUUGCCGUCGACAUCCUUGAGAACCGUACCGCUGGCUUCCCCGACCGUCUACUCUGGCUACACGCAAAGGAGUGACUCUGGGCAAGAGUGACCUUUGGUGCGCGGCCUUUCGAGGGCCGCGGGGGGGCCAAACCCGAGCACGCGAUACGCUGCUAUCGCAUCGCGUUCGGCGAACGGGGAACUUCAUAGGGCCCGUACCACAAGUCACAUGUCCCGCCCGCCCGAUCCGCCGCCCGCCCGCCGCCCG